CCAGUUAUGGCUAUAUUGACAAAAAAAAUGAAAAAAUAGAGUAUUACCAUCAAUUAUAACAGUAUUUUAUAAGCAGUUGUCAUAAGCAAGGCAAUUUUUUACAUUUUCGGCCAAUUUACUACAGUUAUCCUUUCUUAUUUCUAGUGUUUUUAAGUAUUCUCAUUUCCGAAGUAACCAUAUCCACUGCUAUCUUAUGGAUUCGUUAUCACACAAGCCAGUUUUUAAUAACCUGUUUGAGCGGCUGUGAUUUUUUAAAAUGACUAAUUUUUUUACAAGGAUAUUCUAAGAAUCAAUGAAAAUACUUAAGAAUAUCAAUUUUAUAUUAAAGAGUCCGAAUAUCUACAACAACUGGUGUUUUAUGCACGGACAAAGUUAAGCCAUAGUGUUCCCUAUUUCGCAACAUGCGAAGUGGAUCAAAGCUAGCGAGAAAAAUAUUAGUAGUAGUUUGUCACAACAGAUGUAAAUAAUCUGUAAGCGGUGUCGUUUGCUGCGAAAGUUUAGUGCUGUAUCCAUUAAUUCUGCCAGUGUUUUUUUGUAAAAUAUUAUCCAGGUAUGUUGAAUUCUCUAGUUAGGUAAUUAAUGUUCUAUUGAAAGCUAAAAAUCUGUUCUUUAGGAUGGUUAAAAUUGCUAAGCGACGUAAGAGUAUCAGCGCAGUGAGACACACGGAGGAGACGAUUCAAAAAUGCAUGGAAUAUGUUAAAUCCGGAAAGAAAUCCAUGUAUGCGGCCUGUAAGCUACUAAAGCUGCCCAUGUCCACAGUGCGAUAUAGAAUGAGUGAUCGAUGGAAGCAUAAAAACGUUUCGGGACCUCGAUCCGUUUUGACAAAGGAGGAGGAACAACAGAUUGUUGACUGGCUGAUUGGGAUGCAAGAGCGCGGGUACCCGAUUACAAAGAACGGUUUGAAAUUCAAAGUUGGAGAGUUUUUAUCAGCUAAUCCACGGGAGACACCAUUCAAAAACAAUCGCCCUGGACGCAAAUGGUUCGGUGCAUUUAUGCGUCGUAAUCCAGGGUUUUCUCUGCGGACUCCGGAAACAGUGUCUUCUGCAAGCGCCAGAGUUAGCGAGGGAGAUAUUCGAGGCUGGUUUCGCUCCAUUAGGGGCUGGCUUGAGAAGCAUGAUAUGUUGGAGAUUUUGGAUUGCCCGGAGCGUGUUUUUAAUGGAGAUGAAACAUCCUUUUACUUACAUCCAAAGUCCAAAGAAGUGCUCGCCAGGACUGGAUCGCGCAACGUCUAUGAGGUCGAACAAGCACCAGGAAAGCAAAACGUUACGGUUAUGUUUGCUUUUAGCGCUGCUGGAUGUAUUGUACCUCCUCAUGUCAUCUUGCCAGGGAAACGCCUCCGCAAAGAAGUUAUUGCAGGAUUUCCGGACGCCUGGGGGAUUGGCCAAAGCGAAAGAGGUUGGAUGGAUGUGAACAAUUUUCGUUCUUACAUCCAGAACAUCCUUCAUCCUUUCCUAGUACAACAGAAUGUAGUGUUCCCUGUUAUUUUUUUCGUCGACGGCCACGCAUCCCACAAGUCUUUGGAAGUAGCAGACCUUUGCCUAUCGCUAGGAAUAGUAUUAAUUUCCCUUUAUCCGAACACAACCCACAUAACACAACCUGCAGACGUCGCGGUGUUUAAACCGCUGAAGGAUGAAUGGAGACGAGGAGUAGAACAGUGGCGUUCAGACCAUCAUGGAGAAAUCCUAACAUUGGUACAUUUCGGGUUUGUGGAUUGUGUCCAUUUGAACCUGAUAAUGUGGACUACAGCAAGUGUAUCGCGCGGACAUGCAAUGCUCCCGAAGAAUCUGAGGCCUCGAAUCACGAAAUUGAUCCGCCAGCUGAAUUGGCACCUUCACCAUUAUCACCUCAACAUGAUUCAUUCACCACUGUUGAUCUACAAUCCUCCACGCUGA